CUGUUUCAACGUAAUGUUAACCAUGGCGCACAUCACAGUUUCCGUCACAAAUUUCACAUCACACUCACACCAAUGACUUUCUCUUUACUCUUCUCUACAAUACUACAUCUACCGAUGAUAAAUCCUAAGGGACAAGUAGAACAAACAAAUAAAUCAAUAUAUAAUGUUAUUAUUAUUAUAUUCUCACGCUAUUUCAUGACUAGUACUAACCAUCCAUCAAUUAAUAUUGAUAAAAAUAGUGUUGUAGUAGUAGUACACAGUUAGUUACACUCUCUCUCUACCUUGAUCAUAUCACAAGAAUUAUGGACAUGGAUUCCACUGGUGGUGGUUCCUCUUGUUGGCUCUAUGAUUAUGAUGGCUAUGAUAUAUCUCUUGCUGCUGCUGAUUUCAUGGCUUCUUCUCAUCACUCUUCUGCUGUUGAUUUCAUGGCUUCUUCUGAUCAUCACUCUUCUGCUGCUUUCAACUGGAUGCCUCACUCUCAGUCUCAGUCUCAGACUCAUAUCAUCAACCCACCUUCCUCCAAUAUCAGCUUGGAAAUGGAAUACUCACUAGAUUCAACUGUAUUCGAAAGUGGCCCUUCAAAGCCUUCAAAGCGCUUGCAAAUGGAAUACUCAUUAGAUUCAACUUUACUCGAAAACGGCCCUUCAAAGCGGUUAAGGACAGACUCAUAUGCUUCUGGCUCGAAGGCGGGUCGUGAGAAAGUGAGAAGGGAUAAACUGAAUGAUAAGUUUCUUGAACUGAGUUCUGUCUUAGAGCCUGAUACACUGCCCAAAACAGACAAAGUAACUUUAUUAAACGACGCGGUUCGUGUGGUGACUCAAUUAAGAAAUGAAGCACAGAGGCUCAAGGAAAGGAACGAUGAAUUGCGCGAAAAAGUUAAAGAACUUAAGGCUGAGAAGAAUGAGCUUCGUGACGAGAAGAAUAAGCUGAAGUUAGACAAAGAAAAGCUGGAGCAACAAGUGAAGUUAACAAGUGUGCAGUCAAGUUUCCUCUCUAAUGCCAUGGCUGCUAAAGCACAAACUGCUGGCCACAAGCUGAUGCCAUUCAUUGGUUAUCCUGGACUUUCGAUGUGGCAGUUUAUGUCACCUGCUACGAUUGAUACAUCACAGGAUCAUCUCCUUCGACCACCCGUUGCUUAAGGUGGUUAGCAGCAACAGAAUCCACUCCCUUAUUGUACAAAAAUGUUAUUCGAUUAUCAACUUGAUACACGAAAAUUCUAUGACUUCUUACAUUGUUAACGUAGUUAAGCACAUGGUCAAUGAAUUGUCCGAUUUUGAAUAACUCACAAAUGAUUUACUAUAUUGCAGUAACCAUGUGUGCAAACUAUGUUAAACGUGUAAGAAAUUAUAGAAUUUAUGUGUCUCGAAUUGUUGUUGAAAUAACUUUAGCGUUAUUGUAUGUGUGCUUUGCUUGUAUUAUGUUUUUGUCCAAGUUAUUCACUUUGUUUCUGUUGCUUGUUUUUUAAAUUCAAUGACUAAAAGUUUGCUUGGAUUUGGUUGGAAUGUAUGAGUCAUGAUUGAAAAUAAAAGUGAUUUUAACUGAA